CCAUUGUACAUUGUCGAGUUUAAGCAGGGCAGGACCGACCUGUACUUUCGCCAGUCGCAGGGUCGCGGACCGGGCAGAAGGGACGAGGGCGAGAUUGCCAAGGGCGACCUCGUCAUCGUCGAGGCGGACCGUGGCAAGGAUCUGGGCACUGUUGUCAAUGAUUCCAUCACCGUCGACCAGCAGCAGCACCAAUUCUGGCGGCGGCGGCACCAGCAACAACGUUGGUGGCAUCGACUUACGCGAAAUAUCAAUCCGAAGCGCCUCUUUUCGAAAGCGACGCCAGCCGAGACGUCGCUCCUGCACUCCAAAGCACAGGACGAGGAACGUGCUUUGGCGCUCUGCACCGCCAAAGUCAACCAGCGCGGUCUUCCCAUGAUUGUCGUUGCGGCCGAGAUGCAGUGGGAUCGGAGGAAGCUGACGUUUUACUACACGGCCACCCAACGUGUCGAUUUCCGCGAUCUCGUCAAGGAGCUUUUCCGACUCUACAAGGUCAGAAUCUACCUCUGU